AUGGCUGCGGGAGACUUUCUGCGAGAAAAGACGGGAAAGCCACAAAUGAAGUCUUUUCUUCCGCCGGUCUAUGGAUUUUGCGAUGGCUUGUCACGAACGGUGGACUCGCACUUUUGCCGCGCCCAAAUGAAUCCGGCCAUCAGACCCUUCGAGCAAAACCAACAAGCGAAUACCAAGCGCUUGAGGAACCACUGGGGGAUCACCGACGACUGA